UUUCUAUUCGAACGGAAACAAUACGUGGGGGAUGUGAGUUGUAGCGUGCCGUGGUAACCCAUGGUAACCAUUCAUAAACAUUAUAACCUUCCGGUAUAAACGAUACCCGGCCUUGUAGAGCACCGUGCACUUGACAAGUGACAAGUGAACUACCUGACAGCGAAACAGCUGUGCCGAUUACAUUACGUUACGAAAACAGAACUGAAAAGGAAACCGUGACGCUUGUACUGGUCAGCCUAUCAAUCGUGGGAUCAUCACCAUUAUCAUUUACUAAACUCAAGUGUUAAUUACUAAACACUAAACUUAUCGGGAAGUUUGUCAAAAUUGUGUAAGACAUUUAAGUGAUAUCUGUGUGUGUGUGUUAAAAGACAACAAGGAACCGCUAUGAAUCAAUGGAUCAAAGAAGAAUUGUCUAAAUGUUUACAUUUUACCAUCCCAAAAGAAUUGAUCGCCUAUAUCUACACCAUCCAAAGUGCGGAAGAAAUUGAUGGAUAUUUCCGGACGUUGCUCGAUUACACCAAUCCGCAACAUACGGCAUUUAUGCGUGAGCUGAAAAUUAAACUUGGUCAUGCCACGCUUGACACCGGAAAUUCGGAGCAAACCGGCAAAAGCAAACAACCAACCAGCAAGCAAACGAAAUCGUCAAAACCCGCUAUUUCCUCUGCAUCGUCGACAGCGAAAUCAUCCACACAAGAAUCUAGCACUAAAAAGAAAACCAAGUACGUAAAUUUGUACGGCCAGGAUGGCGAGCUGGCGGAUGUGAUAUUGCUGAAGGGACGCCAUCACUGCGACUGUCAGGCCUCAAAGCAUCGGUUAGUCAAUAACUGUCUACACUGUGGCCGGAUCGUGUGCGAACAGGAGGGAAGCGGUCCGUGUCUGUUCUGCGGCAGUCUCGUCUGCACCGAAAAUGAGCAGCGAAUGAUCGAGAGUUCGUCGCGGAAGGGUGACAACCUGCGGCGCAGCCUGAUGGAACAGAACCGCCCGGCUGGAUGGGAGGAAGCACUCGCGAUGCGGAAUCGUUUGCUGGAGUACGACCGGAACAGUGAAAAGCGCACAACGGUAAUCGAUGACGAGGCGGAUUACUUUAAGACACAUUCGAUAUGGCUGUCCGAUGCCGAGCGCAAGAAGCUGGAACAGCUGGAAGAGGAAAUGCGCGAGAAACGGCACGCUAGUCGGUUGGCCCGUAAGGUGACGCUAGAUUUCGCUGGUCGCCAGGUGCUGGACGAGGCACUACUGUCCACGGAAGAUAUGGAGGAAAUUUUUCGCCAAGCGUCUUUGGUGGAUGCACCCGAAAAUAGGUCCCUGGGGAGUAAGGAGAAUAAUGAUCCCGGUCGGACGAUGCACGACAACGACGACGUACAUCCGACACUUUGUGGACCAGCACCGACGUUCAUCGACAGCAGUGCUGGGGGUCCCGCCGUAGGUGCAGGACUGCGCCCUUCCGGCUAUGAUGGCGUUUACAGUCGGGUGCAGGACAAAGAGUUUCUCGAGAUGUCCGAUAUGCGACAUUGUCUGUCGAUGCAUCAACCGUGGGCAUCGCUGUUGGUGGCCGGUAUCAAGCGUCACGAAGGUCGUACCUGGUACUCGUCGCAUCGUGGACGGUUGUGGAUAGCGGCCACAGCAAAACCAACCAAUCUGGACACGAUCCGUGAGCUGGAAAAUUUCUAUCGUAAGUUGUACGAUGACGAUUCGAUCCAGUUUCCCUCUCAGUACCCGACUGGGUGUUUGCUCGGUUGCGUUUCGGUGUUGGAUUGUUUGCCACAGGAAGAGUACCGAAAGCAGCACCCAAACGGUGAAUCGGACAGCCCGUUCGUGUUUGUUUGUGAGGAACCGCAAGAACUGCCAAUUCGCUUUCCGAUGAAGGGUGAUCACAAAAUCUAUUUGCUGGAUUCUGCAAUUCAUCAGGCGUCGGUUAAAGCGCUGCAGCGACUAGCGAAACAAAACAAACAGUUGGAAGAUUAAGUGCAGUGCCGGGCAGGGAUUCCGUUUCGGUUCCUUCGGUAUAUUAGAAUUUGAAUCAAUAUUUUUGAACAGAUUGAGACUGACCUGCUGUAAAUCCAUCAGUCCGGAAGCAUUCUAUCACAUACGUUGUGAAUCUGCCUCAUUCAAUGUAAAAUUUUCAAAUCAUAUUCUAGCAUCUAAUCGAGUUCUAAUUGUAUUAUUCCAUAUAGGGCCCGAAAUAAAAUAAAGCACCUAAUGCUAGAAGUAUA